AUGAAGGCCCCCCUCCCGCGGAAUACAAAGAGGCCCCCCCGCAAUAGGUGGAGACCAGGCAGCUGGGAUCAGCCCACAAGGCUGACUGAUUGUUCCCAUUUGCAUACACUCUAUGGAUCCGAUACAGUUCUACAUCACCCACGGCGGCGGCAUCCCUUUUCCCUGCCUGCUGCUCCCGAAGGUCUUCUUCAUCUCCUUGUCCCAGUCUGUCGGGCGGGCGUCUCUAUUACUCACUGCUCUCUUAGAUACCAAUCCAUAAACUGUCUGGUCUCCUUGUUAUUCAUUCCUCCUGAUUACAUGUCCGACAAAGCAACAAAACAAAGGAGGACUAGACAAUGCUUCACUCAAGGACAGAAGAAAGAAAUAGAAACAAAUUUACAGAGAGAUCUCGGAAUGGCGGAUAAAAACCCUUGGGCUGUCAGUGCCAAGAGCGGAGCCAUACAUCAGCAGGGCCGGACUAUUGGCCAAUCAGAUGCGGUGUCUCCGGCGAGGAGUUAA